CCUUCGAGGGGGAAGACAUUAUAGACGGACACAUAACAAACAUGGCAGACGUACCUGAUCAUGCGAACGAUCACUGCCCAGGCACUCAAAGUGACCAGGCUGGGAAAGCGUCAUCAUGUGCGGGGUGUCCCAAUCAGAAGCUCUGUGCAUCUGGAGCCACGAAGGCCCCCGACCCAGCCAUAGCAGAGAUCGGAGAAAAGUUGUCAACAGUGAAACACAAGAUCCUGGUGCUUUCCGGUAAAGGGGGAGUGGGGAAGAGCACGUUCAGCGCACACUUGGCACACGCUCUGGCCAGUGAUGGAACGAAGGAGGUCGCCUUAUUGGAUGUAGAUAUAUGUGGUCCAUCAGCUCCUCGUAUUAUGGGUUUAGAGGGAGAACAGGUUCACCAAAGUGGCUCUGGUUGGUCUCCUGUUUACGUAGAAGACAACCUUGCAGUUAUGUCCAUCGGUUUCCUCCUCGGCAGCCCUGAUGAUGCUGUGAUCUGGAGAGGCCCUAAGAAAAACGGGAUGAUCAAGCAGUUUCUGAGAGAUGUGGAUUGGGGCGAUCUGGAUUACCUCAUCAUAGACACGCCCCCCGGCACUUCUGACGAGCACCUGUCGAUCGUACAGUACCUGAGCGCCACUAAUGUAGAUGGAGCAGUUGUCAUUACCACACCGCAGGAGGUGUCACUGCAGGACGUGCGUAAGGAGAUCAGAUUCUGUCAGAAGGUCAAGCUGCCAAUUAUUGGAGUGGUGGAGAAUAUGAGCGGCUUCGUCUGCCCUAAUUGCAAGAACACCUCACAGAUUUUCCCACCCACGAGCGGAGGAGCAGAGAAACUGUGUGCCGACCUGAGCCUGCCUCUCCUGGGGAAAGUGCCACUGGACCCACGCAUCGCCCGCAGCUGCGACGAGGGCCGUUCCUUCCUCAGUGACAUCCCAGAAUCCCCUGCUGCUUUAGCCUACCAGCGCAUUGUUCUAAGUAUCCAAGAUUACUGUGCCAACAGGGAAACCGAGCAGAGUACCACAUGACUACAAUAGUUAUCAACAAAUAGACCAUCUAGUACAUUUCUGAAUUCCUUUAAAAUGCACUGGACACAGACCAAUUUUUUUUGUUAUAUAAAUAUUGAAGGGAUUGUAUUUUAUUAUUAUUAAAGAUCCUGUAUUACACAAAA